UGUCGUGUGUUCCUUAUUAAAUAAACCCAAAAAAAAAGUUAUACGUAUAGUUCUUUAAUAGCAUUCCAAGGGAUCCUUUCAUACGCACCCCACUCCUCCACUCAGCUGGCGGCUCGACGGCUUCUACCCCUUUUUGCCGCCGACGCCGCCGACUGUUCAUUGCAUUUUUAUUAAUUUUAUGUACAGUUGCAACCAAAUACUUGUAUAUCUCCUCCGUGGCCCCCUCCCACCCGGCCACGCUGAUCCUCCUCGCUCCUUGUUUAUCCUCUCCUUCAACAUUAGUCAUUAAUUAAUUAUACUAAUAGAGGAUUAAUAUUAGGAUGACGGAUUACAGCCCCAUGGCCAGGAAAUUGUCUUUGUCAUCCUACUCAUCGUCACCAUCAUUGCACGAUUCAAAUACGUCCGAGGAGUUGCAGCGUAUGCCAUUGGCGCCACCGAUGUGGAAGAACAAGAAGCGGUUGUCGAAACAGCUUUCCAUGUGCGAGACUCGGCGGGACAUCGCUUGGGAAAAUAGGCGUCGCCAGAUUCUUAGGCAAGAACGAAGAAAGAACUGCAUUACUGACUCCGAUGACUUGACCGAUGAAGACUGGAACGAGCUUAAAGGUUGUAUAGAACUUGGGUUUGGGUUCAAUGAGGAAGAAGGGCAGCAAUUGUGCAACACCUUGCCGGCACUUGAUCUUUAUUUUGCAGUAAACCGACAGCUUUCUCCUAGUCCAACAUCCACACCGCAGAGCCGGGAGUCCAUGUCCUCGUCAUCGCUAGGCAUGCGAUCGUCGUCGUUUGGGAGCGCAAUGAAUGAAUCAGAUUGGAAAAUAUGCAGCCCAGGGGAUGAUCCUCGACAGGUGAAGACAAAGUUGAGGCAUUGGGCCCAAGCUGUAGCAUGUUCAGUGUUGCAGUCUUAUUGAUCCAUAAGUGUAGGAUGGCUUUUGCACAGAAGAUAGAGCAAGACUCGACAGACAAAAACAAGUUGGCUUGAAUUUGCCCCUGAAGAAAGAAAAAAUAAAAUGUAGUCUGCUUGUGUACGGUAGAAUCUAUUUAUUUUACCUAUCUGUUUCUUAAAUUUAUGAUGAAUCUAAGCAAAAUUAUCUCCUAGGUUAGAUAUAUACUGUUACUUAUUAGGCCACGGCGUCGUUUUGGGGGUCCAUUUUUAUUACCAAGGGCAGUUGAAUAGCUUUUUGGCUAUUGAUGAGGACUUUGGUUAGAGAGAUAAUUAUGCAUCCAUCAUCAUUAUAAUCUUCUUCUUCUUCUUCUUCAUAUAAUUUCUCUUUCUUAUCCAAGUUUCUUUUGGGACAGCAAAAAUGUAACAGUACUGUAGUCACUGUAAUUUUGCUUUUUUUUUUUUCUUGGAAAAUUAUUCAAAUUAAUGGGAUGUGCUAUAUAUUUGAUGCAUUAACAUCAGUUAGAUACAUAAAGAAUGUGAUCAAAUCCCUCCCUCCUA